AUGAAAGUUGGAGAGAGGUACGUUUGCGACGUACCAGAGUGUGGGAAGUCAUUCUCCAGAUCCGACCACUUAUCUCGACACAAAUUUAACCAUGAACCUCGUGAGAUCCACACCUGUUCCUGUCCUGGUUGUGAUAAGCUGUUUGUCAGAAAGGAUGUAAAGGAAAAGCAUGAAUUACAUCAUAGAAGAAAGAUUCAGAAACAGAAACUAAAGUUGGCGAAGAAGCAUACGGCAUCUGAUUUGACAGUCAAUAGUAGUCUUGUUGAAUCUACCGACAAACUAGAAGAUGUAUUCGAAAAUGGCGAUCAUGAGAUAGUCACCAAUGGCAACAGAAGCGAGGAGAUACAAGAAAACCGUUCAAAGAUUGAUCAAUUGGGUUAUGCAACAACACAACAACACCGGCAAAGUCAGCACACAAAUCAUGCAAUAGGCGAAGGCAAUAAUAGCUUAAGUGCACAUGUUGCAGUUGCAGAUCGGUUCUAUCCAAUUGUCGAUCAUAAACAUCAUAGUGAAAGUGAAAACUUAUCAUAUUCUACCGAACAUUCUCUAUUACCCAUCGAUUUGACUCAGUGGCUCUUCAAUGAUAAUGAUUUCUUGAACCAAAAAAACGUCUUGAGUCCCUUUGAUACCACUUUGAGUGGACAUACUAAUGCUAACCACAUGUUAGAAGAGGCUUUUUGUAUAUCACCUAAAUUUCCACAGUAUAGUACUCAGACUUUUAGAGGAACGGUGUUGAUUCAAAAGAUAUGUGGUUAUAUUCCACAAUUGCAUGAAUUUUUACUUGAUACUGAGCAGUUACGCAUAUGUUUGGAUAUCUAUUGGGCAGUUUACCAUGUUCAGUUUCCAAUAUUACAUAGGCCCUCAUUUAGUGCCGAUGAUGUUCACCCAUUUUUGCUAUUAAGCAUGAUAAUGAUGGGUGCUGGUUUGAUGGACGUAAAUGACACCACCGCAAUGUCCAUCAUCCCACAUCCUCAGAAACUAGCUGAUUGUAUUGCAGUGCCUUUGAGAUGGCUCAUAUCUUCAUCAGAGGAGUUCGGGCUGCCUACAAGGGCAUGGAUGAUACAAAGCUUGGUCAUAUUAGAGUCCUAUGAAAUGUUGUUUUCCAAUAGAAAAUUGCAUGAAAGAGCAUACUUACAUCAUGGCCUCAAGAUACAGUUAUUGAGGAGAAGCGCAUUAUUGGGAGGAGACCCAUUGAAUAGAACCAGUGACGAGACUAACUUGACAGAAGAGAAAGACAUUUGGAAAAAAUGGAUUGAGAUUGAGUCAUUAAAGAGGGCUGCUCUCGUGUCUUUCUAUUUAGACACCUUUCAUGCUACUAUUUUUGGGCAUGAAAUCGUAUUGUUCGCCCAUCAAAUUAAAUUGCUGAUGCCUUGUGAUGAUAUGUUGUGGGAAAUGUCAGUAAUAGACAAUAAUAACUUGCCACCACAGACUGAAACUCCAAGGUUCAUUGUUGCAUUGACCAAAUUGCUUCACCAGGAACAAUCAGAAGCAAGUUCACUAAGUAAAAAAUUGCUUUUGGCAGGUUUGUUAACGAUUAAAUUUCAGAUGGAACAAAAAGAUCUUCAAAUGACAUUCUUGGAUUGGAAAUCAGUUGAAGAAUCGUGGAAAUCGACAAUAUACAAUGCUAUAGAGGUGUGGAGGGAAGCAGUUGGAGACUGUUGUGAUACUAGAAAUGCUUUCUAUUUACCUCUGACAGUAGAGUCUACGAAUUCUGUUCGCUCUGGGUUAUCUGUGAACGAUACCAAAUGUAAAUUUCCUAUCUAUCACUUAUGUCAGGCAUUCAUGAGGGUGAAGCAAUAUGAUAUGCUAAUCUAUGCUGGGUCACCUAGAAGAAUGAGUGUCAAGACAACUGAAAGAGACUACAAAGUAGUAGAAGGAAGAAUCAAGCAAUGGGCUAAUACUGCUAAUGGGAAGAUAUCAGUUCUUCAUUGUUACAUAUUGUUAAAUGAAAUAUUGUUCAAUGGAGAAGAACAAUCGGUUUACGACCCAGACUCUGAUCCCAUUCUCUACAGACCAAAUAUAGUGGCAUCAUCACUAUUUGUUAUUUGGGUUUACAACUAUUCCCUAUAUGGACCAGAGUCAUUGGAUCAAAGAUAUGCAAAGCAGAACGUCGUAAGCGAAAAAGAAGAAGGCUACGCUUAUAUCAGUAGAAUAUUUUCUUCAUUGACCAAGGGUACGGGCCAGAAGUCAUUGGACUAUAAAAGUCUUGAAAAGUGUGCCAAAGUAAUUGAUGAUAUUCCGAAUAAGCAUUAUUUGGUUGGGUUAUUGAAAUUAUUCAAAAACAAGUACAUUCUUUGUAGGUCAGAGAUCUGCCGAGAGUACGCCGGGCUAAUUGAGAAUUGUAUUUUGAGAAGUACGGGAAAAGAAAGGGAAGCUUUUACAUAA